UCUUUUCUCCGUGUAUCCAAAUGAAGCCUGAGAGAGGUCGUUGUGGCUGAAAUUGCCCAUAACUGUGGCUGAUUCGAAGGUCCAGCAAUGGCAGCAACGGCAGGAGGAAUCAUGAAAAAUUCUUUGUCAGGGAUGGCGUUCGGCAGAAGAACCCUCCCGCCACUGCCAACGGCCCACACCGGCACGAGACCUUGCUGCGUCACCGGCGCGACCGACGCGAAAUUGGAAGAGACCGAAUCAUUUACGCCGUAGAAAUCGCUGUUACACGCUUGCUUUCUCUUCUUCCUCGAGCUGUCUCCUUCCGAUGUGGUCGUCGGUGUGGAUGAUGGCGUUGAUGGUGGUGGGAGAAGGAGUGGAAAGGCGGAGGCUGAGACUGAGAUUCGGGUUUCUGCAUUUAGCGAGAGAGAGAGGAAAAAACCGGUUUAACUCGCAAAAAUGGGCAUGACCCAUUUUCAUAAUUAUUUUAGUAUUGAACACGUGACGCAAUAAUAUGUUGCCAAGUACGCCGGGAGGAUGAACGCAGGAUAGAAGUAUUCUCCUAGAUGUCACUGCUUACGCAUGCUACAGUUAACUUCUAAAUGGUAUUAGAUCUGCAGCAUAUUUUGUUUAGACUUAAACAAACCUUAAAACAAGUGCAGCUUCACUUCACAUGGCCCAUCCUUGGUUCAUGUGAUAUUUGCCUUAAUCAAGGCAUGGUAAUUUCAAUGGCUAUUUAGCCAAACGUCUGUAUUACUAUUCACGAGGUUGUCCGGACUAUUUCUUAUUUAAUUAUUUUAAUAGGCAAAUUCGGAUAUAUAGCAAGAAGACAGGUCGUACUCGAUCUUUAUGUUUUUUCAUGAUAUAUUUGAUUAAUUUUAAUUAAGCUAUAUAUCCGAAUUUGCCUCAUACCAAUAAAUCCCCAUUUAAGUAUAUUAAAAUAAUUAAAUAAGAAAUAAUCCAGCUGUUACAAACUCUUCUCUUCAAUAAUUUGCAAUUAAUUAGAUUCUAGUGGGAAAUAUAAAUGGUAUAUAUUCAGGAUUUAAGUGAGACUGAGAACCACGAUCAGUGCCAAAGAGGAGACCAUAAGCAAAGCCAAGUCAAACUGAAGCAUAAGGUUGGCAGCAGAACAGCAUAAAGAAAUCCUUUCCGGUAAAGAGAGGCAAGAUCCAGGAUGUCCGAGGAAGAGGAAGUUAAAUAUGAUGGAAUCAAGGAAGAGGAAGAGGAAGAGGAAGUUAAAUAUGGAAUCAGCUUUCAAGAAUAUAAAAAUAAAAUACGAAUCGGAGAUACUGGAACUGAUGAAUUUUGGACAAAAACAAUUGAAAAAACGCUUCUUGUUUUAAAAAAAAGGUCAUUGAACUUCAGUAUCUAUAGGGUUCCAAGCAAACUACGAAACAUCAACGAAGAUGCCUAUAGCCCACGUAUGGUUUCAAUUGGACCUUUUCAUCAAAGCCGAAAAGAUCUGCUGAAAAUGGAAGAGCACAAGUGGCGUUACAUGCUUUUCCUUCUUGCUCGAACAAAAGAUCGUGCAAAACUAAAAGAGGCACUGAAAGAGUGUGUCAAAGCUAUUAAUGGUUUGAAGCAAGAAGUAACUGGAUGCUAUGCAGAAGACCUCAACAACGUGACCUGGAAUGAGCUGAGGGAAAUUGUGCUGGUCGAUGGCUGCUUCAUAGUCGAACUUAUUAUCAGGUACUCCGAGAAAAAUAUUGGACAAAACCCAGAUGAAGUAAUCAAUGGUGUUUGGAUGAUUCCAACCCUAAAACAUGAUUUGGCACUACUCGAGAACCAAAUUCCCUUUUUUGUUCUCCAAAAGUUGUUUAAAAUUAUAGAGAGAUCCAUUGGCGAAGACUUCCGGUUCCCCUGUUCUCUCACUGAAUAUGCUCUACUUUUCUUCUUCCCCGAGUCGAAUUCAAAGCAGGUCCAGGCUUUGAAUUCAAAGAAAGUAAAAAAAGUUCUAAAGAGUGGCAGCCUAAAUAGAGCCAGGCAUUUACUCGAAAUCUUGCACAUUUUUUACCUCCCAUCAUCUCUAGAUAUCAAUCCUAGAGUCCAUCAUACUUGGGGAUUUAAGCAUGGUGCAGCAAAACUCUUAGAGGCUGGAAUUGGGAUUGAGAAGGUCGCCACGAGUGAUUUACUGGAGAUAACAUUCAGUGGCAGUGAAGGAGUGAUUAAAUUGCCACCGUUAAGCAUCGAUGAAACAAUGGAAACAGUGUUUAGGAACCUCAUUGCUUUUGAGCAAUGCAGCGUCGGCGUUACACAUCACAUUACAUCAUACGCCAUGCUCAUAAAAAGUCUCAUAGCUUCCACACAAGACAUGGAGUUACUUCAGAACAAGCAAAUAAUUGAAAAAUCUGCCAGCAGUGGUGAAGAUGUUCCGACAUUCUUCAAAAGGAUGAGCAGGGAAGUGGUUCUCAAAGAGUUCUGCUUUGCUGAGUUAUGCGAUGAUGUGGAUAAAUACAGUCGAUCCUGGUUGCAUUGUCGCAGAAUCAAAGCAUACUCAGGCGUCAGAUGCCGCAGAUACAUUACCGCAUUAAGAAAUGAUUAUUUCUCCAAUCCAUGGACAAUCAUAUCAUUCGUUGCUGCCGUUGUGCUUCUAGUUCUCACUCUCUUGCAGACCAUGUAUGCCAUGCUUUCUUAUUACUAGAAUCAACGUUAAUCUUGUUUUUUGUGUUUUUAGUUCUCUCUCCAAUAAAAUGCAUUAUGAAUCUUUGCUUGGGAAAAGAAAUGUAUUAUGCAUCUUUA